AUGUUUGACAAAUUUGUGGCGGGUCUCGUCACGACAUACUUGGGGAAUUACUUUGAAAACGUGAACAGAGAGCAAGUGAAGGUCUCAUUGUGGAGUGGGCAUGUGAGUUUGAGGAAUCUGCGCUUCCGUAGGGACGCUCUGCGGGCAUUUGAUACUGCGGUUUGUGUAAAGGAAGGUUACAUUGAUGAAUUGACGGUUAUUGUCCCAUGGACGCGCCUGCACUCGGAGUGCGUAGUGGUGGAAGUAAAAAAGGUCCGUGUGUUGCUGCGGCAAAAGACGGCUGCCGGGUAUGAUCCGGCACGUGAAAAACAAGAAGCGUAUGAACGCAAGCUGCACCAACUGAACCUGUUUGAGGCGCUGCUUCAACAAGAACUUGCAGGAGAUACGAAGGUGGAGACAACUCCAGUAGCCCACAAUGGGGCUCCCACAGAAGGCGUAUUAGAGGAAGAGGAGGAGGCAUUUUUAGAAGCACAGAAGGAUGUCACUUUUGCAGCACGUCUAAAGGCCGUCAUACUGAACAAUGUUCAACUGAUGUUGAAGGAUGUCGUUGUACAAUAUGAAGGCUGUUAUGCAUCUGGAGGGAGUGUAGACGCAGGGACGGAUCAACUUGUGGGUCAAGACUAUCAUUCUUUUUCUAUUGUAUUGGAUAAUUUUCGAACGUAUGCGUGUGAUGAAAACUUUGCUCCGCACUUCACCGCAGCAAAGGAGAGGGUGUUGUACAAGAAGGUGGUGCUGGAGGGGGUGCGGGUUCUUCUCAACGCCACCACCUUUUCCAUGCAACGAUCUGGAUGCGGCGAUGAGAAUUAUGCAGCCGAAACCAUACAGGAGACGGAAGAGGCAUCAUUAGGCGUCAUUAGAGGACUGUCAAGGAAAACAACACCAUCAACGUUACGGCAGAGUCUACCAGCGCGGUGCUAUCGCAUUAUUUCUCCCUUUAGUGCAAUGGCCUUUGUGCAGUACCAGCCGGUGCCAUACCGCACCGACCUUCCGACGUCCCGCAUUGAACUGCGCGUGGAUCGUCUGCGUGCUGUGUUAUCUCGUGAAGAAUGGGCAAUACUUCGUGCCUUGUGGCGCGAGGCACGUGACGGAGAGGAGUAUGAUGUGCUGCAUCACUUUCGGCCCGUGGGCGCCGAAAAGAAAAGGCCCACCGACAAUGCGCGCGCCUGGUGGGCAUACGCCAUUCAGGUAACUUUGCAUCGUAUAAGGCAGGUUCGAGAACGCCGCGUUUUUGUGUGGGAGAAAUACAAGCGCCUCAAGGCGGCGAGAGAAGAGUACAUGACACUGUUCAAACGCGCCAGGCGAAGACAACUGGAGGCCAACUGGCUUACGGAACUUACAAUGGAAGAGAAAACGCGACUCCAAGAUUUGGAGAUGGAACUGCCGAUGGAAUCAAUCAAAAUAGCACGUCGACUCGCCUACCAUAGAACGCAUCUAGAGCGGGAACAGAGGGAGGCCCUGUUGGAAAGGCGACGGCAACAAAAACAUCAGCAACAAGAGGAAGCCGAAGGGAAAUCUGGAGAGAUGGGGGAAGAGCCAAAUGGGCAGGCCGCCAUGGAUGUCGCCCACACAGACGGGAAACGCCGUUCAAGUUGGUGGAGUUGGUUAUUCUUUUCAAAAACGCGGAACACCCAGGAAGAGAAUGCUGGUGAUCCGUUUGGCGAGGAAACUCCCGAUAUUCAGGCAGAGAUUGAAGAAAUGUCUCAGCUUGUGAAUGCGGAGCGUUGGACGGCUGCGCAACGCCUCGCCAUUGCCAAGGAGUUUGGCAUUCCCGAGAGUGAGGUGGAAAGUCUUUCCGAUGCUGGCGGUAGUGCAUCAACUGGAAACUUUGAGGGGGUUCGUUGGCAAGUUUCUCUCCGUGCGCAUGCACUCGAGUUAAUGUUACGCGAGAGUGAUGGGGAAUGUGCACCCUUUACAACGUUGGCGAUGGAAGGACUCACCGCUAACUUGGUGUACAUGUUUAAUCGCUGCUUUUCUUUUAGCCUGGACGUUAAUGAUUACAUGGUGCUUUCGCACUUAAAGGAGCAAUCGCGUGUGGUGAGUAUUAUUCGUGUAGCAAAGGAGCGGUAUGUCAUUUGUGGCUGUGAACAUGAAGCCGCAGCCUCGAUUUUGUUGAAGCGGCAUCACCCCGGCAGCUUGGCGGAGUAUGACGCCGUGAGUGGCGUACCGCCAUAUGAAAUUUGUUUGAAGUGGAGCCCUAUAGACUGCAAUGUAGAUAUGCCUUUCCUUCAGGCCUGCGUUGAAUUUGCUCGCCCUUUAUCCCCUUUUCCUUUUGUGUCGCUAUCCGCCUCAUCACCCACACCGUCGUCGCGUGGUGUUCCCUCGCCCUGCGAGAGGCGACAGGAGACGAUGGACCCCAAUAAAAGGCGCACAUUACUGAUGAUGAUGGUGGAACGGGAGUUUCUGUGUAGUUGGCAAUUACUACUCCAUGAUGUGCGUAUUGUUGCCUCUGAAGAUGAGCGGCAGGUAAGUCGUAUUAAACUGUGGCGAGUGGAAGUUAAAAACGACCCUGCAAAGAAAAUUGAGAAACGGCGGCGCAUACAAUGUCUCACGGGAGUCUCCGACACCUUUGGCGAUGACCCAGACGAUUGGGUGAACACGGUACACGCCACGAUUGGAGGGGUAACAGCAGAGUGUCUUUUGAAUACCACACGCGUCGAUGCAAGUUUUUAUGACUUCGAUGAGGACGAUUCAAAAAAUUUGUGGGAUCGCAUUACGUCCCUCCCGAGUUUUACAAUAAUUUUUAAAAAGAGUGUUAUGAUGCGCCGCAGCCCAUCCGUACCGCUCUUGUCCGCAUCCAUUGUAUUUGAGAAGCCACUGCAAAUUCGAUGCUCACGACAGAGCCUCUCUGUAUUGUGCACCUCCUUUUUGAUGAUGACAGACAUCUUUCAGAGACUCUCUCAGCCGGCAGCCAUUGAUACGAUGCAUGACAUGUCGCCUACUUCCCCCAGCAAGGUGUUCCUUGCCCAAGUGCUUACCGUAGAUGAAAGAUACCUUGUCGAGCAUGAGCCUUCUCCGCGAUUGCAAGAGGAAAAAUUUUACCGCGAAAAAAUGCAGGCACCCAGUCUGGUAGACAAUUACCGUCGCAUAGAGGUGAUGAUGGGGAAAAUUGUUGUCUAUCACGUCAAGCGACCCACCUUUCCAAGUCACUUUUUUGAACUUUAUCGAGGUCAUUUGCACGUUGCUCAGGAUGCCUCGGAGGUGAGUUUAUUUGUGGAGUGUGGGGGUGUUUCGCAUACACGCAGGAGCGGCGUAUUGAAGGCGAAGGAGGUGCUGUUCGGAAAAUAUAAGUUUCCAUCUCUCUGGAGUAUGCCGUUGCUUGAGGCCUUCAUUGAAGACUGGUGUCAAGAGCAUAAACGGAGUGGGAAGGAAAAUGAAGAAAGGGAAGAAGUAAAACACGCUUUUCGAACUGUCCAGAGGGCCUCUCGAACGCGUCCAUGUCAUCAUAUUCGCAUGCGAUUUCAGAGCAUCGAAGAGGCGAAACGCUUUGCCAAUGCGCUUGACAGCCACGCGGUGGGGCACCAUGUCCUUGACAUCCCUCCUGACCCAACAUCAGUAGAAGAGGAAAACCAACAGGGUGGGGAGCAGCAGUUGUGUUUGUUAAAGAUGGAAAUGUCUAUUCCAAAGUGUAGUUUUUAUCUUCGUGAUGAAGCAAUUGAGAAGCACAAGGAGGGCGCUACACCGCCGAUGCACAAAUUAUUCAUGACCUCGGUGAAUAUAUCAUAUGUGCAGCAACAAAAGAAGAAAGUUAUUUCUCUUGCUACGAAUAGGUUAUCUGUUAUGGCACACGCAAGAAAUGCAACAGUUUUUGAGGUUACGCGAUCCGUAGCGAAAACACCUGCUUCUGCUUCGACGGCGGCUGAUGAUGAUUUGGGUCCAGCGCUAACUCUUCUGUUUCAAAUGAAGGAACGAUUAUAUCCCCAUGCGGCUCGGAAGUACGUAAAGAUGGCUUCCUCAGCAGAUGUCAAGUUGGCGUUUUCAAGUGAGUUGUUGUGUGUUGCCGAAAUGCUAUGGGACCUUUCGGGAAUUGUGACGAACCAAAUAUUUGGGCAUGUGAGAUAUCGGUCUAUCCCCUGGUCAGAUGAGCCUGCGGCGACGGUUGAAGAAAAGUGGCGGACGGAUCCUGCGGGGGGUCUUCUUCAAAAUGAUGACGUUUCCAUCGACCUGGAGCACCUUGUUCUGUCACUCUACUACCCAUCCGACAAGUUUGAAUUGGAAGAUGAAACAGACGCCGCAGUGGAUGAUGGUGUGAAUGCCAAACCCGUAGCGGUCAUCAAUGGUUCUCAAGUGAAUAUUCACUGGAGCAAUGCCGAGGGUUGUAAUAAAAGUUGUGUGACGUUACAUCGUCCUUAUAUAUUGAUGCGACGUGUUCCGACCGGAGAACUUGGUCACGUGGUGGCGCCCACCGGAAACCAGUGCAAAGAGGACACAAAAGGAGGUAUUUUCACCGGCAAACCAAUGUUGUCUCUUUCAUUCUCUAUCCACCGUGAGCCACCAAUGUUGUCGAUAUCAGAUUUUAUUGCGAAUGGGGGUUCUGCAGGGUACCGUUAUACACAUUUUCUUUUUAUUUCAGGAGAACACCUGAAUAUUGUUUACUGGCAGCCGCAGUUGUGGAGCCUCAUUGAGGUGUUUUCACGUGGUGUCAUCUCCAGGGCAGCAACGUUAGUGUGGAGACAACCUUACAUUGCGGGGAGUUCUUUGCUGCGUUGGCCUCAACCCGAUGCUCCGCUUGCGCCUUUUUCGUGGUGUCUCUUGCACAAACGUUUUGAAUUGUCGCAAGUACAUUUUUUGCUUCCAGAAAAAAGUGCCCAUCUUCCAGCCAAGUUAUGGGGAAAGGCGGAUUUCUGUCGCUUUUGUGAUGAACUUCGUGUUGAUGGGGAAAGCAAUUCAACAAGCCCAAAGCGGUUUGUGCAACACAUCUCAACGCUGACGCUUGAAGGAAUUGAGGUACGUGGCAUACGACGGAAAAGAACCAUUAGUGAUCUCGCUGCCGUGAACAUACUGACUUUGCUGAGCCGUACGCGGUUUUUAUGUGAAUUUUCUUACGAACUCUUUCGUGUAGGCGGUUGGAGAGAAAUGCGUCCUCGUCGUUUCCGGAUAGAAAUGCCGGAUGAUUUUAUUUUCCAGGGAAGCACACCUCAAUUUUCUCUUGUAUUGGACUGGUUUUUUGUAAACUACCUGGAGAUGCCGUGGAAAGGCCGUUUUGCGCCCAAGAAAGUGGCUGUUGACCCAUUCAUUUUGGCGUACGGUACCGGUGAGGAGUCGACGGAGUGGACUAUUGAUAUUCGGUACAUUUGCCUUCGCCUCCGAGACCCACCUCGGCGCUAUCGCUCCGUAGAGGCGGAGGAGGGGGACUCUUUCAAAACCUUUGAACGUUCUGCUAUCGAUAUCGCUGUUUUGGUGGAGCACUUCACGAUGGGUUUUCAGUGGGGGUCCGGUGGUGCAUUCUCAUCCCGCUACUAUGUUGGGGAGGCUUCUGUGUGGCAACUGGAGCCGUUAGCGCAGAACCGUGUAACGUUUUUCCGUCACCCAAAGGAAGUUGUGGAUGAAUCAUUUCGGUUUUUGUGGUUUCAUCAUGAAACCGUCGGAGCGGCCGCACCACCAACGAAGGAAGAGGAAAAGAGGAGGUCCACGAGUCCUAAUAGUCGUAUGAAUGCACACACGGCCCUUCAAGCGCGGUACAAUGUGUCAGUUGAAAGGGAAGUGAAGAAAGUCUCUAGCUGGAUUUCGGUCGGUUCUCUCGACAUCACCCCUGAACCGUAUUUCUUAUUUAAUCUGAAGGAUUCCCUUUUUAGUCUUCAUAUUCGAAAUGCGUAUGGCAGAAUCCUGCGUUGGGAGCCACGUGUGGCAAAUGUUCUUCCACGCCCGCCGAGUCCAGAAGACCAGGACUAUUCGACCAAUUAUUAUUUUACUCUUUUUAGGUUAAAUUUGACCGUUCCACAUCUCCUGCGCCCAUGCCAGCGUGUUAGGUCGCUGUUUUUUGUUUCCAUCAAGUCUAUUGAAUUUGUGCUCUCUUCAGAGGUGCAUGGUGUCAAUUAUAUGUGGUCUAUUUCUGUUGACAGUAUUGUCAAUAACGGUGUGGUAGUGGAGAAUGACGCGUCGGAGGGCGGAUUCAAACUGCGGCCGGUGUUUGUGCCUCCGUUCUGGUCGGAAGAAGGCAGUGAGACAGGGAAGGUAAAGAAUUUGUUUUACCUGGCGCGUACAGCGGAGAAUUAUGUGACGGGAGCCAUGGACUCUGUAUGGAUUGUUCUUCCCCUGAAACGAGAGAUAUAUGCCCUGUGUGAAGUGUUUGAAAAGGGUGGGUAUCAACAACUGCGUUGGUUGUGGACGUUUUUAGAGGAACGGCGUAUGUGGAGGAAAGGGAUGUCGUCCAAAGGCAGAGAUAGUUCACCCUUUUCGGUUUAUUUUACCCUCAAAGCGCCUUAUAUGGUGGUGGCGGAACAUGGCUGCGUUGUCGCAGGUAACCCGAAUCUUGGCCGUGGCGUUGUGUUAAGUCCAGGAGACAUCGUCGUGGAGAAGGAUACUAAUGGCAGUGGUGCUUUUGGUGUUUCACUAAGUGCUGUGGGUGUGGUAUCUUUGCAGGAACAUUUAAACUACGUCAUGAAACCGAUGGAGGUCGAUAUCGUUGGAAUUUCACAAAAGGAUGUGAUGUGGAACGUGAAGAUCAUUAUCCAUGCGGUAGUUGUUGAGGUGGAGCAAUCGCUUUAUGAACUUAUGCUACAAAGCCUCGUACGGCAUUUUGUGGUGACCGAAGCGGAGUUGUUAGACGUCUUUCAUGCAGAGACCGAGGACCCGGCGUUUUGCCUGCAGCUCCCAAUGGGAGACCCCACGGAAUGUGAAUCCGGUGAUUUGUCGCUGCCAGCAGCGGGAGGUGAGUUCGGCCUUCGAGUCUGUGUGGAGUGGGACUCCUUCACGUUGUGUUUGCUACGAAAUAACUUCGGCAUCUUUCUCAAAAUGGGUGAGAUGUCUGCGAUGUAUGAACGCCCUGUGGUCGUGGAGAGGCAGAGGGGCAUCCCCGGCGUGGCAAGGCGGAUGCAUGUGAAACUGGCUUUUAUUACCCUUGGCGCGGAUGACAGGCCCAACCUGCUUGAAAUGCGGCCAGUGACCCCUUCCAUCUCUUGCCGGACUCGGGACCAAAGCAAAGAGAGGGAAAGAGAGGUGGAGGGGGUUGAGCAGUCGGCGGAAAAUUUGUCAGUGUAUCGCUGUCUUUCCUUCUGCCUUGACGCGCGUGGCAAGGAGGAAGAAGUCCACGUGAACUUUGGAAAGGCUGUUGGGUUCUUUGAAAAGAGCACCAUGCACUUGUUGCUUUCCUCGCUUUACGAACCGUAUCGGAGAAUUGUGCUACCGGAGUAUCAUGUGCACGAAGUAAGAUACAUCGACAGUGAUUUUACACUGCAGGAACGACUUGUGUUGUCUCAACGCACCAAAGUGAGGGUGGUUCAGGGGCGGCACAAUCACAUCACCAUUGACGGUAAUGGGCAUGACAUUCACUUCAUUGACGCCAGAUCGCCCCUAUUGUCACUUGGCGAUGGUCUUACACUGUGCAUCAUCAACGCACGCAUUCAUCUUUACGGGAAAGUUCUUGAAUAUUACAUGGCCGUUGGGAAUGGAUCGUACGUCAUUGUAGACGCCACUUGUAAUACGAUUAUCAACGUAGUACCCUCACCAUGCGGUGAUUGUAGUGCUGCAACGGCUGGCCUAGAGCCAAUUGUAUCGGAUAUAGAAAAUGGGGAAGAAAAGGAAACCUCUUUAACUGUCCAUCGUGGUACCAAAAAGUCUGGUCAUCAAAACAGCAAGAAUAACAACUCGGCUUCAUUUAAAUCAGGGUUUGGUACAAAUAACGUCUCUAGACGAGUUAUGGCCAACGUCGUUCUUUUUCUCACACUUCCGGAGGGAGCGCGUGAAUUACAUUUCCCUCUUCAACAGAAAACAAAUACGGCGCAUUUUUCACGUUCAUUGGUUCUUCAAGCAACGAUGUCUGCGCGCGUGGAAAUGUUACGGUUUGAUGGUCAUUUGAUUAAUGAAUCCAGUACGUUUGACAUGAGUGAGUUUUCCAUAUACUGUAAAUAUCUUGACGCAAAUGGAGGCCUGGUGGAGAACCGAUCGUUGGUCUCUGAACUGGCACUCACAGUUCACCACACGCGGUCGUAUGCACAGUUGGAAAAUGUAUUGAAGCGAUAUAUCGAGGUACUCUGCCCUUACGGCAUUGAACUGCGGCUAUGUUAUGGUGACGUCUACCUUUGUUGGGAUGCCAUAUUAGGGACGCAAAAGACAUUAGGAAAUAUCGAGAAAAAUGGGCUGGAUGACGUUGUAGGCAGUGAGAUUACCUCGUCGCUGGAGACACCUUGGUAUACCAGUCAACAGGGCAACACAACGACUGAUUUGGAAACUUAUACGAGUUUGUCAUUUAACCUGCGAUACCUUAGUGUGGACUUAGUGGAUGACAGCAGCGAUGUCAGCAUCCCUCUAUUUUGUGUCCGCGUUGAGAGCCUCACCACCCCGAUGGUGGAAAAGAGAGGUUUAGCCUUUAAGCUGCAUGUUUCCUUCACCUGGAGCAUCACUUACUACAAUUUCAGUAUCUGCUCUUGGUGUUCGCUGCUUGAACCCGUUCUUCUGGAUGUCGUGCUGCGAAGCGAACCGAAUGUCUCAUUUGAAGAUGUUAAGCGGCGGAAAGGAUUGCUGCGAGCGGGGCUUCAUUUACGUCCCGUGCGUUUACAUCUUUCAGCGCGGGUGAUGGAAAAUUUACGUCGUAUUUGGUUGCUGAAAAAGCAUCUUUGGGAUGCACAGCAUUCGUUUGAGCAGGACGUUUUUUGGAAACCUCUUGGGACGUCGAAGCAGCAGUUCUGCAUGUAUCGGGUGGUACAACACGUUGGACACGAGGUGGAGGUUCGUUUUGCCCACGACAGCCCCAACCACUCGCCCACACCCUCCAUUCUGAAUGCAAACGAGACCAUACAGUUUAACUUCCCCCGAGUUGAGGGUCAUGAGUUACCCCCCUGGCAGCACCGUCUGCUGGUUUCAUUUCGGAAUAACACGGAACUGGUGAACGUUGCGAAAACAGGGAAACGUCUUGUCUUUCAUUCUCCCGGCCCAAUGGGUAGUCAUCUGCUGGUGGAUGUCACCGUCUCGGAGGGACAAAAGUUGGUUGAGUUCCGUACAAAUAUUGCAUUUAAAAACGAACUUCCCUUUACCAUGCAUGUUUCUGGGGUGGGAUUAAUUUCACCGGAUGGUGUACUGCAUUUACCUCUUGGUUCUCUGCGGCAUCGUACCUCUUUUAUGCCACACAUGGAAAAACACCGCAGUACCCCUUGUUCUCUGGGAGUUUGCUACGACAUGCUGCCUUUUCUCUACGGGCAGGUCUUCCUGGGUGUCUGCACAGUCGAGUGCAACGAGACCGCGGAGGAUUUCAACUCCAUGCAGGCCUCCGCGUCUUUGAGGCGGGCCGUCUUCUUUUUUCUUUGCUUUGAUGAGAAAUGUUGUGUUGGUGAUUCCGACGUGAUUGAUUGCAGGGGAACCUUUCAGGCGCCCCUUUUUAUUGUCAAUGGCACAAGUUUGCCGAUGCGGAUUUGUUUGAUGUACCGAAAGAAGUCAGAAAAACAGCACCGUUCCCCGUUACACUUUGGUAAAUCCAAUUCCUACGAACAUGUCACGACGAUUGAUGUCGCGUCGGGAGAGCGCUCUUGCAUCACGCAGAUGAAUCCGUUAAAAGACAUUUACAUUGACAUUGUUGCGAAUCAGGCAAAUGGGGAGCCGAUGGGUCCAGCGCCCAUUCAUCCAGAUUCGAAUCCGUCUCCUGCGCUUGUACACUCUGUCAGCAAAAAGGAGUGCGAUCGCAUCAUCACCCUGCAUGACCAGCGGGGCGCUUCCAUCAUUCUUCACGUUGAUUGUACCCCGAGGGUGGUAACCAUCUGGUGCCCGUACUGGAUCAUCAACCGAACCCCACAUUGCUUACAAAUUGCAGAUGUAAAGAACGGCACACUCGCCGCAGGUCUAUGCAGUGAGGAAGGCAUCGCACCGGGUUCGUUUGACACCGUUGGUAGCGGAAUAUCCCGUGGUGGUCCUGCGUACCUUUUCAAUACGAAGCGCAUGGAAAAACUUGGUGAUAAGGCCGCCAUUUAUGUCUCUAUUGGAAGAUACGCGUUUAGUAGUGGGAUCCACUGGACCAAGUGGUCCGAUCCAGUUCCCAUCGGUGCAUUGCUUGAGUGCGGAAUUGUAAACUGUAGCUUUUAUAAAAAUGUGAACUUGUCAUUGUCAUACACGGUGGAAUUUGUGGGUGGUCGCAUGAAGGCUACUCGUGUUGUCACAUUCAACCCCCGCUGGAUUCUUCAGAAUUGCACCGAUAGCAUCAUUACAUGCCGUCAGAGCCGAAUCAAAUUUGAGAACAUGAGUUCCCUCCUCCGACCAAUCGACUUAUCACCAGAUCAUAGUCAAAUUAUUGAUUUUAGUCGUGAGAGCGAUGCAGCAAACGCCAUUCAGGUGCGGCUUCCUGCAACUGCGGGGUUGGAAAUUCAGCGUUGUUACUGGUCACAGCCGCUUAACAUUGGAAAGUUGUGUGAAAGAGCCUUCAACAUCCACUAUGAAAUACGAAUGAAAGUGCAAGAUAGACGUUGUGUGUAUCCAGAAGAUACGGUCGUUCAGCUUGGAGAUGUUUUGUAUGUUACACGGGCGGGAUCAGAUGUUUUAAUGCUCUCAUGUCAUCGCCGCGGGAGCACGAUGUUCGUUGUGGUUUCCAGGCCUUACCGGCCGCCACUUGUUGUGGAAAAUCGCACCAGUUACACAAUAAACUUGAGACAGCAAGAUGUGCCUCAGCUUCUUGUUGUGUACCCACGAACAACAAAAGGUUUUGCAUGGGAGAACUCGAAAUACCGACCGGUGAUGGAGCUGUGGGUCGCUGAGGGUAAGAAUGCCCGAAGCAAACCUCUCUUUAUUAACUUUGACCCACAAGCCGCAUUAAAACGCAGUGAACAGCAGCAGCAAGCAUUACUUCUCCCCGGUGGAGUCACUCUCUUUGUUCGGAUACGAGGGUUGAGCCGCACAAGCUACGCCAUUAGUAUCACCACAGAGAACACUAUUGACACCUUCUGUUCUCUGCCGUACUUUCAGUUUUUCUUCCGUGUAAAGGUGGAUAGCAUCCACGCAUUGUUCUCGGACGAGAAUGAGGACUUUAUUCUAUUGACGGUAAAACCUGUUAAACUCUUUUUUUCUCAGGGAAAAGAGGCGGAGGGCCCGGGUGAUGAGCAAAUCUUUUCUGCGUCCGUCUCUGUGAUCCAGAUUGAUGACGAACGUCGGUGCGCGAAGCAGCGUGUGGUGGCGCAACUGGUGGAUGACAAGUCAUUCACGUUCCGUUUCUCACGGAAACUUCUUCGCUGGACCCCUAUUGUGUACUUUAAGGAGUUUGUCAUCAACCUCAGCUCCAUUGAGAUUCAUCUUGAGGAUUCGUUCAUUUUUCAGGCAAUGAAAUACCUGGAACAAAUGCGUGUGGUUCUAGGAAAUAAGCCCGUCAAUCUCCCUCCAACCCACAUGAAUGGCCACCUGUUGGCAUCAGGAAUUGUGGGGGAAGGAAAAAGGGUACGUGCAACAGACGUCUGGAAGCAACAAAUUGUUUUUAUGGAUCACCUGCUUAUCGAGCAAACUAUGGUCUCUAUAUCGCUUUAUCGGUCUCCUGGGGCACAGAAUGAUCCCAUGUGGGAACAACUCGGUUAUCUGAGCCUAUUUAUUCGUUCCGUGCAAGAUGCUCGUUUUGUCUGGCGUCGUAUUGAGCAAUGGGGUGUGUACGACACAAUGUGGUUGUUGGGAGCCUCGUAUUCGGCUUUUUACAAGCAUCAAUUACAACAGCAAAUGUCAAACGUGAUACAUGUGGCUGGUUUGGACGUGAUGCGAGGCUUUGUGACGGAUCUGCUGCAAGGAUACUUCACGUCAGCCAUCGUUACCAACAUUGAUCUUACCAAGCUGCGUCUUGGACGUCGAGCGGAAGCACAUUUUGCUGAUGAUGAGAAGUCUCUUACUAUCAUGGGAGGGGUGGCAUCGAACAGCCGUAACACUCAUGAGGAUAUGUUGGAGGCCGGCGAUGAUGGAGGCGGUAAGUUUGGAAGAGGAAUAACAGAACCGCACGCAGAGUCCCAGACUUCAAUUCACUUCCAUACUAAGCAUGCACCAGAAAAUGAAAGCAAAAUUAUUGAAGCUGCACUGCGUCUACCGUGGAGUGCGUUUUUUGCCCGUGUGAAAGACACUGAUCUUUGUCAGUAUGGGAUCUUUGCUGUUCAACGCUUUGUGAGGACCCUGGACUUGGCCAACCCUUCCAGGAUGCAGUGGCAGAUGCAGGAUUUGGUGUUUUACGGAAAUGAGGCCAGUGGCGCUGUGCAGAAGAAAAUUGAGCCAUGUGAACGUUGUGAAUACAUUGAAAUGAUGCGGGAGCAGCGGGUUCAGUCAGACAGUCUAAGCGUUCUGCCGCACCCGGACUUUGGUCUCAUCAGCUGGGCGGAGUUCGUCCACCACAUUUCUUGGGGUGAGUUUGUUCAAAUGUGUUCGCCGUCAGAGAUUCGACGGUAUGCUGGACUGGUCAUGCUUUCCAUUGUGGGGAAUCCGAACAAUGUGAUUCGCAUUGACAGUGACAAGGAGUUAACGUCGGACAAGGAAAUUGCAUGA